AUGUCUCCCAACAGCAAUCAACAGACGGUUCUCAUCGUAGGUGGCACCGGUAAAGUUGGCCGGCAAAUCACCAAGCUCCUGGCCAACACCGAUACCCCCACCUACCAGUCCUCCCGGAGCGGCGCAUCCACCACGGAGCCGGGGGCCGAAAAUGUCAAGCCGAUCGCCUUCGACUGGGCCGAUGAGAAGACGUGGGCCGCGGCCUUGAAGUCCGGCGCAACAAGCGUCUUCCUCGUAGCGCCGCCCGUGCUCGACAUGCUGCCCCCAAUGCAGUCCUUUAUUGACCAGGCGCGGCUGGCUGGAAAGGCCAAGCGGUUCAUUCUCUUGAGUGGAAGUCCGAUGGAGGCAGAUAUCAAUGGCCCCGCGAUGAGUCGGCCGCAUGCGUACCUGAAGGAGCUUGGUGACAGGGGUGAGGUGGAAUGGGCCGCGCUGCGACCGACAUGGUUCCAACAGAACUUUGCUGAACAGCUGAAUCACAUCAAUUCCAUCAAGGACGAAAGCACUGUCUACUCCGCCACAGCAGACGGAAAAAUUCCAUGGAUCGCGACCGAGGAUAUUGCUGCGUGCGCAUUCCAGCUGCUUCUACAAGAUGACGCACCCAACGACGAAUAUCUGCUGUUGGGGUCGGAGCUACUAAGCUACGAUGACAUUGCCGAAAUUCUAACCGAAGUGCUCGGUCGCAAAAUCAUACACAAGAACCUCUCACGAGAGGGGCUCGAGGAUCGAUACGUAAACUACGGCCUGCCGCAGGACUACGCGGAGAUGAUGGGUGCCAUGGACACGAACAUCAAGAAUGGGAGCGAGAACCGGACGAACAGCGUCGUCCUAGCAGUGACUGGCAAGCAGCCGAGGAAGUUCCGCGACGUAGCCAAGGAGCUGAGGAAUGUUUGGGCGACGGAAUCGUGA